GUCUUCACGUCGAAUCCAAAAAGCAAGCGAAAACAAAUAUCAUAGCAAAUACUCUUAAGAAAGGAGCAAGAAGAUGACGAUAUCGGAGAACCAAAGAAAUCUGGAAGCUGGUUUGUUACUGAACAAGAAUCGAAACGACAUCAACGAGUGUCGUAUCACUGUGGUUGUGCUCUUCAGUACCUUUGUAUCUGUUUGUGGCUCUUUCUGUUUCGGUUGUGCGGCAGGUUAUUCAUCAGUUGCUCAAGCUGGGAUCACAAAAGACUUAGGCCUCUCUGUUGCACAAUACUCCAUGUUUGGUUCAAUCAUGACUUUUGGAGCCAUGUUUGGUGCCAUCUUCAGUGGAAAAGUCUCAGAUCUCAUCGGUCGAAAAGGGACGAUGUGGUUUGCUCAAAUAUUCUGCAUCGCCGGUUGGCUUGCAAUAGCAUUUGCAAAGGACACGAUUUGGCUAGAUGCUGGAAGGUUUUCUACUGGAUUUGCAGUUGGUUUAUUCAGCUACGUGAUACCAGUUUAUAUCGCAGAAAUAACACCAAAACAUGUCAGAGGAGCAUUUGUAUUUGCUAAUCAGCUGAUGCAAAGUUGUGGGUUGUCAUUAUACUACGUCAUUGGAAAUUUUGUUCAUUGGCGUAAUUUGGCUUUAAUCGGUCUGAUUCCAUGUGUUUUGCAAGUUGUGACUUUGUUCUUCAUUCCAGAGUCCCCUAGAUUGCUGGGAAAAUGGGGACUUGAAAAGGAAUGUACAGCUUCACUGCAGCUUCUCCGUGGAGAGGAUGCUGAUGUCUCUGAAGAAGCCAACACUAUCAAAGAAACCAUGAUCUUGUUUGAAGAAGGACCAAAAUCUAGGGUUAUGGAUUUGUUCCAGAGGAGAUAUGCUCCAUCUCUUGUUAUUGGUGUGGGGCUAAUGCUUCUACAACAACUCUCUGGAAGCUCAGGGAUUAUGUUUUAUGUCGGUAGCGUAUUUGAUAAAGGAGGAUUCCCAAGCAGCAUUGGCUCAAUGAUUCUUGCAGUGAUCAUGAUACCAAAAGCUAUUUUGGGUCUGAUUUUGGUUGAGAAAAUGGGACGUAGGCCGCUUCUACUGGCUUCUACUAGUGGAAUGUGUCUUUGCAGCUUGUUCCUCGCAUUUUCCUUCAGCUUUCGGUCAUAUGGCAUGCUCGAUGAGCUCACUCCAAUUUUUACAUGCAUUGGUGUAGUGGGUUUCAUCUCUUCAUUUGCCGUAGGCAUGGGAGGCUUACCAUGGAUCAUCAUGUCUGAGAUUUUCCCAAUGAAUGUUAAAGUAUCAGCUGGGACUCUAGUUACCUUGGCCAACUGGUCCUUUAGUUGGAUUGUAGCUUUCGCUUACAACUUCAUGAUUGAAUGGAACGCAUCAGGAACAUUCUUGAUCUUCUUUAGUGUCUGCGCUGGGGGUAUAGUCUUCAUUUAUGCGAUGGUACCCGAAACUAAAGGAAGAACACUAGAAGAUAUACAAGCUUCUCUUACAGAUUUUCUACAAUGAGAUUGAGACUUACCUGUUCAUAGUUAUUUUUUGGAUUCCAAUGGGGUGGAGGGAGGUUUAUAGUAGUUUUUGUUAUAAUUGUUUCUUCAUUCUAUACAACAGAACAAAUGGAUCAUUUGAAAGAAAAAGAGUUUAGAUCUCUUUGUGUGUCAUUCAGCUACUCCCAUUCAUGUAUAGUAUAGUCCCACUUUAUGCACAAAUG